CAUAUAGGCGGUGCAGCACUUUGGUUUGGACGCCUCUUCCCACAUUGCAUGUCGUCUGCCAUAAAGGACGAUAGUAUGGUUAAGCCUAGCGCAUAAGGAAUUGUUAAAAAAGAAGACAAAAUUUGGUCAUUAGUUCAGGACCGAAAUUCUAUUCUAAUUCAAUGUUGGGGGAAUAAGCAGUUAUCUGUGAUAUUAAGAAGGCAGUAUGGUGGAUUUUGGUGGUUUACAUCAUUGGGAGAUCUCAGCCAUAGCCAUCGGCCUUUUCUGUCUGGCCAUCCUUGCGGUCAUCUAUGGCGUGUGGUUGUAUCUUGACUACAAGAAACGUCUGUUCCUAGCGAGGGCCAAAUUCUUGUACCAGAAUGGCAAAGCAGGAAGCACUAUGAACAGAAGCCUUGUGCCCAAAGAAGGCCCAGAGGGAACAGAGAUGCGCACUAUGCCGCGAGUCCCACAACUUCCACCAGGGUUUGUUGGUAUUCCAGACGAAUUCGUCGUUGUUGAAGGACCAAAAGGAGAACAAAUAUUUGCCCGGGCUGAAGCUGUCAAUUACAGAGAGGAAAGGUUCAUCGCCAGAAUGCUGUACCCCGUCUCUAACGAUGAAAACUUGUUCACAGUCAGUAAUGAUGUCGAUCUUCUGCCUUUUGUGCGUAUUAUCACCAAGGCAGUGGAUGCCGUGCGUAGAGGUGACAAGUUCCAGUUAGUGUUACCGGAAGUACCGGAAAUACCCGACUACAUGUCCGAAGCGAACUAUCCCAGCCGAGGAGACAACAUGUCAAUGACCAGCGACGCAUUGAUCGGAAGAGACUCUCCAGUAUAGAUCGCAGUCCUUUCCACGCCAAAUCAGGUUACUAGCUUUGUCAAACAGAAAGUUUGAUAGAUCUACUGAAUUUUAAAACCGACGUUAAUUGUGGUGAUUUAAUCAUUUGUUUUGGGAGAAUAUCCCGAUAAAAAUGUUAUAGAUUGAUAAUAUAAUGGAACCAAUGUCAUAUUGGGGAGGUGGGUUUCGUCGUGCUUUGAAUGUUUGCAGAUGCUUUUGUGACAUUUACGAAACAAUAUCGUGCCAAGAGCAAUAUAAAAGGUCUAUUAUCCGUCUCGAGUAUAAAACACGCCUCUCGUCAUGCACACUUUGCGUCAAUGGUGACUGUACAUAAAAUGAAAAGUAUUGAUGUUGUCGCUGCUUAUGAUUUUCUUUUAAUUUAUUUAUAGUAUUAACUCAAAGCGUCAACUAAAUUAUGUGCAAUACAUAGAGGCCUCGUUCUUGCCCUCUUCAAAAUAGGGUAGUAGGUCAAUAAUGUGAGCAAUUUAAUACAUGCUGCUUGAAACUUGUUCUCUUUUUUUUUAAUGUUGUCCGUCUUUAUGUACCACUGAAUGAAAAUAAAUU